GCGAGUGCAGUGGAGCAGGAGCUGCCAGGGCCACCAAGGCAGCCCGAGACAUGGCCCAGAGCGUGGUCUAUGCCGACCUGAAGUUUGCCGCGGCCCCCCCGCUCACCGCCCCUGCCUGCCCUGCAGUCCACGAUGAGGACGACAGCCCCUACGAGAACGUGCCGCUGGGGCCGGUGCCCACGGAGCCCAGUCCAGGUCGCUGGCCCCGGCGUUGGCGCAUCCCCGCAGGGCUGCUGGCAGGCAGCCUGCUGCUGCUGCUGGUUGCCACCGUGGCCCUGGGGGCUUGCUGUGAGUCGGGACUGGCAGGUCACCCGCAGCCUGCAGGACACCUCCCGUGAGUACGAGGCCGAGCGGGGCCGCCUCUCGCAGGAGGUGAGUGCCCGGGAGCAGAGCCUGGAGCAGAUGCGGCUGGAGCUGGAGUGGGCCAGAGCGGAGCUGCAGCGAGCCUGGCGGGAGGGCAACGGCAGCCACCUGGAGCUGGGGGACGCCAGGCAGGAGCUGGCUGAGCUGCAGCAGGAGAUGCAAGAGGUGCUGGGGAAGCUCAACAGCAGCGAGAGCACCGUGAGCCGCCUGCGUGCAUGCGUGAAUACAGAGUGCUGCCCCUCGGGCUGGGUGCUCUACAGGAGCAAGUGCCUCUUCAUCUCAGCGGAUAAGAAGAGCUGUUGGGCCAGCUAUGAAGACUGCAGAAAGAAAGACGCUCAGCUGCUCAUGCAAGGCAACUGGCCAUCCUGGACGAUGCCGGGUUUUAUGUGGGCAAAUGGUGCCAUUUACUGGAUUGGAGCACAAUUUUCUGACACAAAGGUGGAUGUUUUCCAGCGGGACAGCAAGCCAACGUAUGUUGUAGAAUGCAAGCUGUCAGUUAACAGCAAAACAGAGAGUUCAAAAUGGUGGAAACCGUACCCGUGGAUCUGUGAGAAACCCCCGGAGCUGAUCAACACAUCCAAGACCCUCCUUUCUCUCCUGGCCAAGGCCUGACUGCGCCGCUACCCAACUCUGUGACAGGACUCAGGGACAGGAGCUGGGGGUGCAUCCUGAGACCCUCUCCCCUGCGCACGCAUUGCCUCGACCGCCUUGCAAAGUGCUGAGAAAGGGUGUCUGUAUUUUAAAGCAAGGCUCAUGGAAAAAAAAAAAAAAGACCUUCUUCCCCUCUCUUGCACUCAUGCAUGCACUUAUACCACCUUGCACUGUCCCUCUCUGUGUCCCCGUGUGCCGCGGCCAGCGCAGCUCACAGUGACCCGGGACUCUGGUACGAAUCCCAGCUCCCGCCUGCUGUGCUGCCCCAAGGCUUCCCUGGUGCACUGAUGGCACAGAUCUGCCAUUUGCGUCUCUUCAGAGCUCGGGGAUGAAGGCCCAUUGGUGUCCCCAACUUGGCCUCUUUGGGGAGUCCUGUGGAUUUACUGCCUGUCCGUUCCCUCAGCAUCGGCAGCCACCAUCCUGCCCUUUCUCCUGCCUCCGUCACCUGCCCAGGGCUUGGGGCUGGGCCUUGGCUGGGGAAGGUGCAGGCAGUGGUGCCAUCAGCACGAGAA